AUGGCUCCCAUACGGCGAUACUUGCGCAUCAGCAAAUACUCAGUCUUGGAGUGUCGAAUCUAUCUGGACUCUCCAUCGGACUCACGAUGGCUCUUGAACUCUCGUGAUCCUGUCCUUCCGCGCGUCUUCGAGGCCAUCCGGCCGUUGGUCCUGCCCAAGCUGCGCGAAGAGAAUGAGCGACUCUUUAUGCGCAAGAAGGGCAAACCAGUCAAGGAUGUUAUUGCAGAAGAUGAGUUCGAAGUCGCCAUUUUCCUCCGCGAAUCACGCACUCGUCAUUCCCUCCUCACGCGUAAUAAGACGUUUCAUGGGAACGAUCAAAUUAACAUCAAGCCAGAAGAUGGCGAGGGGAUAAUCAAUCCAGGCUCGACAGAGGAUGAAAUCAUGAUUGAAAGCGAUAGUGAGGUCGAUGGAUUGCACUAUAUACCCGGAGCGGACGAAGCAACGGAGAAUGCACCAGAGAGAAGAACUCGGAAAAUGGCAGGGAAGCAAGAUGGCGAUGUGAGCAGCGAAGAGAAGAAGCUUCGCUUCAACACUCACUACGAAAGCUUCAAUAUCUGCAGUUGGGUGUUGUGUCUAUUAAUCACCCGCAAAGGCGACAAGACCAAGCCGAGCGCUGAAGCAAAGCAACCUCUGAUGGAGGAGUGGAUCUCAACUCAAGCUCAGACAUCUCUUGACGAGGAUUGA